AUGUUGCUGUCUUCCUCUUCUAAAUCUAAACCUCCGGCGUUUCAGUCUGUUCACGGUUCAAGGACGGGGACAGACAUAAUCAUGUACUUGGAGAAAAUCAUGCCGUGGGAAGAAGAAGAUGAAUAUAACAUCAGAGAAGCUGCAGUCAUCAGAAUCUUUGGUGUAACCAGAGAAGAAGAAGAAGAAGAAGAUGGCGUGAGCAAGUACCAGAAAGCAUGA